AUGACUAUUUCGUACGCCGGUGAGGUGCCCAACGGCAGUAGCUUCGGUUGUUUCUGGCGGAUACUUUGCAAAUGGCGGGGAAGUGUGUACAAGUUGGUGUGGCGCGAGUUAUUAGCAUAUCUAACACUGUACUAUACAAUAAAUUUACUAUAUCGAUUCGCUAUGACUGAAGAACAACAGAGGAUAUUUGAAAAGGUCCGACAAUACUUCGGCGCGCAAAGCGAGUCAAUACCGAUGUCUUUCGUCCUGGGCUUUUACGUCAGUCUUGUUGUGAAGAGAUGGUGGGAACAGUAUAAGCUCCUCCCCUGGCCUGACACCUUGGCACUAUUCAUCUCUGCUGGGAUACCUGGAGCGGACGAAACGGGAAGGCUUAUGAGGAGGAACAUCGUUAGGUACGCCAUACUCGCCUACGUCAUUACAUUGCAGAGGGUGUCUUUACGAGUUAAACGCCGAUUUCCGACAUGGCAACACGUCGUGGACUCCGGACUGAUGCUUGAAAGCGAGCGUAAGGUGUUCGAGAAAAUGGACGGGAAAAGUCCCAUGUCGAAGUACUGGAUGCCGCUAGUGUGGGCGACGAAUAUCAUCAACAGAGCUAGGAAGGAGGGUCUGAUCACCAGUGACCAUAUAGUCCAAACUCUACUAGUUGAAUUGUCUGAUAUAAGGAGACGUCUUGGUGCAUUAAUUGGAUACGAUACUGUCUGCGUACCUCUCGUUUAUACACAGGUCGUUACUCUGGCGUUGUACACAUACUUUGUCGCAGCACUAAUGGGACGUCAGCUUGUACCACCAGCACCUGGGAGUACUUCAAAAUACGAGCCCGACGUUUAUUUUCCCUUAUUUACAGCCUUACAGUUCUGCUUUUAUGUGGGGUGGUUAAAAGUAGCAGAAGUUCUUAUAAAUCCAUUUGGCGAGGACGACGAUGAUAUUGAAUUGAACUGGUUGAUAGACCGACAUAUUAAGGCGGCGUAUAUGAUUGUGGACGAAAUGCACGAAGAACAUCCGGAACUCUUGAAGGAUCAAUAUUGGGAGGAAGUGGUACCUAAGGAUCUACCAUAUACCGUAGCCUCUGAACACUAUAGACGCCAUGAGCCACCGUGUUCCGCUGAUCACUAUAAGGUGAAAGCCGAAGACUCCUUGUAUGCGAACGUCCAGUCACCGAGAAAGAGCAACGAUGAGACCUACGCCGAUUAUGAAAGCGUCGACACGCCAUUAGUAGAGAGAAGGAAGAACUGGUUUCAACGGCAGAUAUCGAGGGUGGACUCCGUGCGGUCAGCAUCUACGGCUUAUUCAUCUGGUGGUUGGUUCGGUCGGAACCGUCACAACUCCGUGGUGUAUUCCAGCCCGGAAGCUGGUCAAACCACAGCGCCUCCUACGCCACACCACAAGAUGUCGCUAUACGAGCGUCUUGUUGGGCGGAAAUCUGGCAGAGGUCAACACAGACAAAAUUCCAAACAUGGGCAACGUAGCAACGGCACUGCUAUACCGAUUACAUUAAGGAACAGGCCCCGUAUUCCAACCCCUGAUGUGACCAAAGAAGUGAUGGACAGGGAGAACCAGAUAGCCAUUGGCAUGCAAAACAUGGGCGUCAUUAUGGCGCAUCAGGGUUAUCAGAAUGAGGUGCCAGUGCUGGGUGCGCUUGUUUUAUCCCCGAUACAAGAGCUAGACAGUGGGUCGGUAAAUAAUACCUUGCAUGCCGGCCAACCGGGCACAACUGCUCUUGCGCAGUCCGUAUUUUCGCCUAAUCUCACUCAAGGCUUGUCCCCAAUGCUAGGAGCAACUCCAGUCGUGUCGUCUGUGACGCUAACGCCCAUGGGCGUCACUCAACUGAGCACGAUAGUAAUGUCUUCUGCACCAUCGACGCCGCAAAUCGACCGCAUGACCACGCCGCAAGCGACAAAAGCUACAGUUGUCGAACUACCCUCCGAUCGUGAUAGUGAACAUAGCAAUGGAACACAGACACCUAACUCGAAGCGUGGCGAAGUUUACGUUUAA